AUGAGCGGUUUUCUAGACUACACGGUGAUGAGCGGUGAAGGUGGCUCAUGCUCUGUCAGGGCUUUCCACUCGGACCACGGGUUGACAACUUUCCAGUCCUGUGCGGUGACAGUAAACAACUGCGGCGCGGAUGACCGUUUCAUGGCGAGCAGGUCUUCCCCUGACGGCGUCCCCCACCAGCCGGGCUCAUACCAAUCCACUGUGGGCUCUUUGGGUCUCACCUAUGGGGCCCAUCCGGCCUGCAGCUCCAGCUAUGGACCCCAAAGUUUCUGUGCUGCCUAUAACCCUUACGGGCUCAACCAGGAAGUGGACUCAACAGCUGGAUUUCCUCAGUGCGGCCCAUUGAUGUACUCGGGUAACAUUUCCUCCCCCAUGGUGUCCCAGCAUCGCCAAAGUUACAGUGGCGCCCCCCUGGGCCAGCUGCAGUAUGCCCACGCUGCCUACGGCGGUGGGCACGAGCAGGCAACCCCCUUUCCCGGCUGCUCGAACCCGCUGUCACCUCUGCACGCAGCUCACCUGGAGGCUUGUUGUUCACCUCUGUCUGAAGCUGCUUCUUCGGCACAGACCUUCGACUGGAUGAAAGUGAAGAGGAACCCACCAAAGACAGGCAGGUCAGGAGAGUACGGUUAUGGAGGUCAGCCGAACACGGUCAGGACCAACUUCACCACUAAACAGCUGACGGAGUUGGAGAAGGAGUUCCACUUCAACAAGUACCUGACUCGUGCGCGGCGCGUAGAGAUCGCGGCUGCGCUGCAGCUGAAUGAGACUCAGGUCAAAAUCUGGUUCCAGAACCGGAGGAUGAAGCAGAAGAAGCGGGAGAAGGAGGGGCUGCUUCCAGCCAAAGCUUCAGCCUCCGACCCGGGAGAGGGCGUUGACGAAAAAACGGACGAUGCCACAUCUGAGAAGUCUAUUUCAGCCCCAUCCUCUCCUUCUCCCCCACCCUCCACGCCGUCCUCCACGGGAGCUGAUCCUUAUUCAUCCAAUUAAGAAAUCAGCUGCCUCUGUGCCUCCCUGGGCCACAGACGGCCUGUGCAAACCAAAGCUCGUGUCCACGUUAUGUGUGUCAAAGCCAAAGUUCUUGUGUGGACAUUCAGAAUGAGUGAGUGCACUAUGUGGAUUGUGGACAAUGAUAUGGACUAUUUCUGGGUUAUAGAUUUGUUUUAUAUUGUGACCAUGUUGUGUUCAUCAACGAGACGAUUGCUAUACAAAGAAAUGUAGUUUCAUGUUUGAAAUGUGUCCACAUUAUUUUGAAAUGUAUCAUUGAAUAAUCGACUAUGAUGGUGCGAAUGAUAUGGUGUGUGUUCAUCCAGCCUCUGAGCUGAAUGAACACACACACACACACACACACACACACACCUACACACACAUGCACACACACACCCACACAAAGAAAUACCUCAAAUGUGCCAAAGAUGUGCGGCCAGGUUGGUUACACUGGAUGUUGUCAAUUAGGCAUCACACAAUCAACGAGGGGACCUCGUGAAUGAAUCCUUUCAGAGUUCAUUGUUAUAGUAGCUCCUUAAUCACAGGCCAUUCUGUGUUUCAGGCCUGUGAGUCUGUUGUGUGAGGUUUGCAUGAUGCUUUCAUGUAUUGUCAACUGGACGCUGGUAGGCUGAGUUUUAUCAGUUGGGGAAACCAGGAACACUGGUCAUGUACAGUAUGUGUCACAGGCUUUAAUCUGUUAUCUAUUUAAUCCAGUGCAGCACAAGCAAAAGUGGUUUUGUCCAGAGAGACGUUUACGGGUCAGUCAUCAAUAUUAAAGUGCGUUUAUCUCAAAAAAACUCUUCCUGUGUUUAGAGAGACUUUUUAUUUUAACCUAUAUCUUCCACGUAAAUCCACCCAUCAGACCUUGAUUUGAAGCUCUGCAGAGAGAAGAGCCGGGUCCGUUUUCUCACCGCUGGAGAAAGCCACGCGUUGUCCGCUCAAUGUAUG